AGUGGCUACGUGUAUACACUGGGUUGCAUCGUCAUCUCACUUGUCAAUGAGACGAACAAUAGUUGUGUCGGGCUUCACACAUAUACACACACGGGCAGGGAGCUGGCUGAUGAUAUAAGAAGACUGGUCCUGCUACACAGAGACACACACGGACAGGGAGCUGUAGACUUGAGGUGGCUGUAAGAAGACUGGUCCUCCUAAACAGACAUGACGAACCACUGUUUGCUCACUCUGGUGUUCGUCGUCGCAGCGUGCGGUGUAGCUGCUGCCGGUGGAGAGUUUGGAUUAUAUUGUUCAGACAAACACGCCUGUGAGAACGGAGGGACGUGUGAUCCUACUGGUUUAGCAAAUUAUGGUGCCUGCUCGUGUCCAACAGGAUAUAGUGGGCGGAGAUGUCAAACAGAGUGCUCCUCGAGUCCUGACUGCUUGAACGGGGGUACCUGUGUACGAGGUGCCUGUACGUGCCCAGGGGGAUACACCGGCGGGAAGUGUGGUACUGUAGCUCCACCAGGGGCCGUGUCUGGUGACGUGUGUUCAUCUGUGCAUCCUUGUGCCAACGGGGGCUCCUGCAGCCCAUCAUCCUCUGGGGGAGAGGGGGCGUGCUCCUGUCCCACUGGGUAUGAAGGAAAGAGAUGCCAAGCAGCCUGCAGCACACACGAGGACUGUCAGAACAAGGGCACGUGUGAAGCUCGAGGCUGCAGGUGCCCGGCGGGAUACACAGGUGGAAAGUGUGAGACUGCUUUGUCUGGAGCAGGUCACGUGAUCAUCUUUCCAGCGGCUGUGCUGAUGUCUGUUGUUGUGCAGCUUACCCUGAGCACGUAGAGACCUACCAUUCAGCCUAACUUAAAACUCUUUGCUUUUAAUGUACUCCUCGUUUGCCCUGAAGGAUCACACGGGCUUCUAUACAAGUAGCUGUGAGUUGUCUGUUGUUGUGCAGCUUACCCUGAGCACGUAGAGACCUACCAUUCAGCCCAACUUAAAACUCUUUGCUUUUAAUGUACUCCUCGUUUGCCCUGAAGGAUCACACGGGCUUCUAUACAUGUAGCUGUGAGUUGUCUGUUGUCAUUGCCCUCGUUAGUCGUUAAAAGGUUUUCCAUUUAUGACCUCUGCCCAGGCAUGUCAAGGUUUCAUCUCAUUUCGAAGUGUCGUUUUUGUGUUAAUGUUUUCUGGUAAAAAUUUUGAUAGUAUUUGAUGUCAUUAAUUUUCACCGAACAUGCAAGUUGUCUCUUUACAGUUGUAAGGCGCCCUUGUUCAGAAACGUAUCGUCUGUCAUGUAUUCAAGGGUGUUAUUACGCCUUGCAGGAAUUCAUAACUUAGACUUUUGAUGGGCUUCAAUCUGCCUCCCCGGCAAGGGCCAGGUGAGCUACAUUGCCAACAGCUUGUAUGUUUUAUUAUCAAUGGACUCUUUCAUCUUCACAAAGCUUAAGAAGUCGUUUCUUUCACAAUAUUCUCUUCUUUGACCUUUUCUGACACUGCGUGCUUUUCAUUUGUCAAUUAAGCACUUCAACAAUGUUAUGCAUGUACUCAAUUUCCCUCACGAAUAAAACAAAUUAUCAAGAAUUUGAAAUUGUGUUGCAUUGCAUUAUUUUGUGGAGUGACGGGUGAAAUAGAGGAAAUAUGAUCGUCGAAUAAGUUAAUCAGAAUCACUGGAGCCUUUGAUGUGUAAUUUUCUUUUGAUUCUUGAUAUCACGUAAAACCUAUAGGUUUUUUACCUUUUUUUAUUUGUUUAGCUGAAUGAAACUCACGCCUUCCUCGAAGCAUUCCACACCAGAAUACUAACUAAACGUUACAACAGCUGAUUCUAGUUGUAAAAUGUAUCAACACUUCUGAAGUAACAAUAUUAUGCUGUCUACUGUUCGAAUCUUUAAAUCCAUCUACUUACAUCAUCUGUGAAUAUACUAAGACGUCUUCACCUAAGCAUCAGUGUUAUAGCACCGGUUGUGAAAAUGUUGUUAACGACAAUGAUUUGUAUCGUUAUCGUUGCUGUAAUCAAGGAUGGUGGUAGACACUAUGGACAGUUUCGUUUAGUACACAUUCCUAACUCUAGCUUACCUAGGACAGACUUGAGUUAUGUUCAUUAGUUGGGGCCCUUAGGGAUAUUUUGGUGCAGAUUCUUGCAAAAGCACCAAAUUUGGUACAGAUGUUGGUUAUACCAUACUAAUUCGAUAUCUGCCGGGCCCCACGAAGGGCGAGGUCCGGGGCCGCUAUUUUGGCUAAAAACAAAAUGGCCGCCACCAUGAUUGGCGGUCGAUCAUUGGUCAAUAACUAAUCGGCCUAGAAUCACAUGUAAUACCACUCUUUAGGGGUAUUUUGGGUCAGGGAAUCCAAUUAUGAUAUUAUUUCAAUGAUUCGAGGUCAAGGUCAAUCACAAAGGUUUCUUAAAGGUCAACCAGGGUCAAAACCUAGUAAUGGGGAGCUUAGGGGACAUUUUGGAUCACAUUACCCUUUAAAAUGAACUAAAAUUUAUCGAGCUGUCGAUGUAACAAUGCCAUUUGUAUUUAUGGCGGGAGUUAUGAAGGGCGGCCAUAUUGGCUAAAUCCAAAAUGGCCGCCAUCCGGAUCAGGGUCAGUCAUAGGUCAAAAACUAGAAGGCCUAGAUUCAUAUGUGAUACCACUUUUUAUAGGUUAUUGAGGUCAGUGAAUUCAAUUCUGGUAUUAUUUCACUGGUUUAAGGGCAAGGCCACCCCUCAAGGUCACUUUUAUAGGUUAUUGAUGGGCUUCAAUCUGCCUCCCCGGCAAGGGCCAGGUGAGCUACAUUGCCAACAGCUUGUAUGUUUUAUUAUCAAUGGACUCUUUCAUCUUCACAAAGCUUAAGAAGUCGUUUCUUUCACAAUAUUCUCUUCUUUGACCUUUUCUGACACUGCGUGCUUUUCAUUUGUCAAUUAAGCACUUCAACAAUGUUAUGCAUGUACUCAAUUUCCCUCACGAAUAAAACAAAUUAUCAAGAAUUUGAAA